AUAGGUAGCCUAUUUCAAACUUUUAAGCGAUAGUAGUGGACUCACUAUUGCAAAUUCUGUAACCUGACAACUAACGUUGUUUUCCAAGGACGCGGUUGUGUUUUUAUGUUUUUCAAAGGAAAGGAAAGGAUACAUUUCGCAUCCAUUCGAACCGCUGGAAGGCAAGCUACAACUUCCAAGAAAGUUUACUUUGACAUUUCUGGAGAUUCUGCAUGCGGGAGCUUCUGUGAGAUUUCUCUCUACUGACGGACUGUGAGGUGAAAGAAGAGUUGUCCUUGUGAAGAACCAGGAGGAAGGGAAGGCCGGCCAGUGAUCACAUCCUGUCCUCUUCUGGAGAAGCUGUAGGCCAGUACUACUACAGUACGACUACAAUACUCUGAUGGCAGACAGACCCAUUCUACCCCUGUUGCUUCUGGCAUUCUCCUGCUCAGCAUUUGCAGGCCCGUUGUCACGCAGCCCGUGUGAGCUGCUGCCAGUCGGCGUAGGCCACCCGGUGCAGGCCCUGCUAAAGAGUUUCACGGCCCUGUCAGGCUGUGCCUCCCGCGGCACAACAGGACUACCUCAAGAGGUCCACAUCAUCAACCUGAGGGGCCACGGUCCUCAGAGGCCAGACCACAAGACUACAGAGGUGGAGCUGCACCUGAAGCCCAUCCAGUCCCUACUGGUGCACCAGAAGCCCCUGGUGUUUGUGCUAAACUCCCCCCAGCCUGUGGUCUGGGACAUCAGGACAGAGAAACUAGCCCUGGGCAUCAAACACAUCUUCCAUGUAUCUGAGGGAUCUGAUGUCUACUUACCUCCAGGGAACUUCUCCCUCCACUGUCAGGUUCAGAAGGAGGUGCUUCCCCAUGGCAACGACCAUCUCCUCAACUGGGCCACCAAGAAGUACAGAGCCGUCACCUCCUUCUCCGAACUCAAGAUCGCCCUGGACAUCUACAUUAAAGUGGGAGAAGACCCAGUGUUCUCAGAUACCUGUAAGAUCGACAACAAGUUCCUCUCUCUGAACUACCUAGCUGGCUACGUGGAGCCCCAGGCCUCUACAGGCUGUGUCCUGUCUGGACCAGACCAGGACCAAGAGGUCCACAUCAUUGAGCUGCAAGCACCCAACUCCAGCAGUGCAUUCCAGGUGGAUGUGAUUGUGGAUCUGAGACCACUGGAGGCAGAUGUUCCAUUGAAACGUAACGUCGUGCUGCUGCUGAAGUGUGAGAAGUCUGUCAACUGGGUCAUCAAGGCUCACAGCGUCAUCGGCAAACUGGACGUGGUGACGUCAGAUACCAUCAGUCUGAGCCGCAACACAGAGAGGCUGAUGGAGGUGUCUAAGACCCCCAAGCACCACCUCCCAUCUGGCUCUCAGGCCCUGAUCAAGUGGGCAGAGGAGCAUAGCUAUGGACCGGUCACCUCCUACACCCACACCCCUGUGGCUAACACCUUCAACCUGAGGCUCAGGGAGCCAGAUGUGCUAGAUCCCCUGGACGCCAUGUUCCUUCCAGACCUGUCUAUCCUGUGGGACACCAACCCCCUCCUGUCUGGUGGCCCGGGGGGUGCUGCCUCGCGCUCCGGUGGCCUGCCCUUCCCCUUUCCCCCACCGAAGGAGCAUGGCCUGCCCUACCUGUCCCUGGAGGACCGUUCCUGGCUGGGAAGGGAGCAGGUUGGGGAGCCUGAGGAGCAGCAGGGGACCCUCAGUGUGGGGCUCAGUGUUCAGUGUGAGGAGAACAGGAUGGUGGUCAGCAUCGACCGAGAGAGUCUGCAGGCCAGUGGUUAUGGUAAUGCCAACCUGACUCUUCAAGACCCAGAAUGCAAAGCGACGGUUAACUCCACCCACUACACCCUAGAGACGCCAUUGGAGGGCUGUCAGACCACCAAGUACCCCAUGCACCCCAGCUCUAUGGUCCUCUACAUCAACUCAAUCUUGAUAAGUCAUGCUGAGCCUAAGGAUGGGAGUGGUGGUCCCCCAGAUGACGAGGAUCUAGAGUCCGGAGACGUGACCUUCCCUGGGGAGGCAGAGGAGCUGGAGAGGCUGGAGAGGGCUGCUUUCCUGGAGCACACCACGGAUCCUGAUCACAGAUCCUCCAUUCGGUUCAACUGCACCUACAGAAAGAACCAGAACACCCUAGGAGGAUCAGGAUCAUCAGGAUCGUUUUCCCACUUCGCCCCGGUAGCUAAGGAACCAGUCAGAACCGACGUGAUGUUCAACAUGGAGCUGUACAACACCCAACUCUUCCGCUAUCCGUCAACCCAGGCCUUCCACACCGUUUCCAAAAAUAAACAGGUCUUCGUAGAGAUUGGAGCCUUCAAAGUCGACCCAGAGCUAGGGUUCAUGAUCCAGACCUGUUUCAUCUCUGCCAACUCCAACCCGAACAUCCCGUCUUACUACACCCUGAUCGAGAACAUCUGCCCUACGGACGACACGGUCAAGUACUACCCUCAGAGAGACCUCCCUAUCCCCCACUCCCAGACCGACAGGAAGAGGUUCAGCUUCACCUUCAACUCACCCUUCAACGAAUCGUUGCUGUUUCUGCACUGUGAAAUGUCUCUCUGCUCCAAGAGACCCUACAACAACCAGGGACGGGCUAUGUGUAUCCAACCGGACGAGGCGUGUACGUCUGUCAACGGAGAGAUCAUCCUAGCCAUGAUGAUGAACGCCAAGACUUCUACCAAGACCCUGGUGGUGGUGGUGGAAGGACAUGACACAGUGGAGGAGGGACCAGUGCCUCCCACCCGCACGGCAUCACAAGGCCCUCCUGACCCACCAGGGGAAACUGUUUUGUAUGUGUUGGACACCCCGACCGUGGUUGGGAUCGCCUUCGCCGCAUUUGUGAUCGGGGCGCUGUUGACCGGAGCCCUGUGGUUCAUCUACUCUCAUACAGGUGAUACAGCUGGCCGACAGCAGGCCCAGAAGCCCCAGCCCCCAGCCUCAGAGAACAGCAGUGCGGCCCACAGUAUUGGCAGCACACAAAGCACGCCCUGUUCCAGCAGCAGCACAGCGUAGCCUUGGGGCCAGUCCGGGGCCAGCGGAGAAGGAGAGCCCCCCACCCCUCUGCAGGGCCACAGGAAGGGCCACACGGGUCACAGGGAACUGGGUUUGCUAACAUUUUUUUCCCCGCUCAAUGAAAGGAAUUAUUUUGGGAUGCUUUGUGAAAACAAAGAAGAAGAAUUUAUUAAAAAAGAAGAAAAGAAGACAAAAAAACAACAAAAGGAUUUUGUAAGAAAGAAAAAAAAAUACCUGAUGUUGCUGGUUAAAUUCGAUGUGUACCAUUUUAUUUCAACACAAGUCGUUAAGGUUUUGUGACAGAGCUACUGUACUGGAAGGACUGGUCUGAAGGGGAAAUAGUACUAAUACCACAGAAAGGCAACAAGGCCUCACAUCUCUAGAGCAAUAGAACUCUAGCUACAGACAAGAAACAACUGUUAGUGAAAUACCAGACUUUUUUUCUUAUCCAAAUGCUGCUUUUUCUGCAACCACAACAGAGAAUUUUGUUUUGACCUUAAAUGUCUAGUUUAAGCUGUAAACAAGCUAGUGUACACCAAUAGCACUGGAGACAGUAAAGCUGCCUGUCUGCACACACCAUCUGUGGGUGUUAGCAAGAUUAGUGAGAGGAACAACAUGGCCGUCAACCAGAGUGCCUGUUAACCCCUAUCAAUAUGCUAUAUAAAUAAGAGAUGCUACCUCCUAUCCACAUGCUAUAGGAGAUAGUCAAAGCAACUAGUUGAAUCAGAGAGCAAUAGUGUGAGAAGGAGCCUCUCAGCAGUCUCUUUUCCCCUCAACGCCAGAUAGAGUAAAGCAUCCUGCCAUGUGCUAUUAAUCACUUGGAAUCUGAAAGGACUUAAUAACCAAGCAAGAUAUAUACAUAGAUAGAUAGAUACCAAGAAAUGUGAAAGACAAAAGUAAUGUGAAAGAUAUCUUGAUGAACCCUGUUUGCAAGCCAACUGGUCAUGACAAUCGGUCAGGACUUUGGCAACGCAUCCGUCUAAACAUACUGUUACAACAUUAAUGACAAAGUAUCAGCGGUGUGCAUUUGGUCAUAUUGAGUGAUGAUUGCUUUGCAGUCCUUAGUCUCAAGUUUGAUUGGUGUUACACAGCUUGGCUUUCGGCAGUAUGGGUUCCUCUUAUACUAUAUAAAAACAGCCAUUGUAAAGCUAUAUAUAUAUUUUUGCAACUAUUGUAAAUAAUCUAAAAUGUUAUAAGGAGACAGUCCAAAUAUAAUGUGCAAGGUUGUGUGCAUUAGAAGCCUUAUGCAUGUUAUGUUUUUAAGUAAGACAUGGUAAAGUGGCUAUGUUUGGCCAGUAUUCCCAUAUAUACUAUAAUGUUUUAUGUUUGUAUCCACUGUGAGGUAACUAAAAUGCUACAUGCUGCCGUGUUGGAUCAUAAAUAUAUACAGUAUUGUAAUUGGGCAUUACAUUUGGGGCACAGUAAUUGGGCAUUACAUUUAAACCACAAAAACAACGUGCCAUUCUAUCUGGGUCCGACACCACUAGACCUUCAGCUGUUUUCAUUCUGAUUGUACAUAAUAAUGUUGUACACAAUUUCAUACCAACAUUUACAUUUUUCAAAGCAAAUAAUUGAGAACCUGAUAUAGUUGAGAUUGUGGAAUGAAAAUAUAAGCCAAAAUAGUCAUUGUCUGGUUUUGCUGUUCUAAUGUUCAGUAAAUCAUACUCAGAUUCUCAAUUUAAGUUUAUUUUCUGUAUGUGAUAAAUACAUUGUCAAUCUUACUCACCAGGGCAUGAAAUAGUUCAACGUUGCAAUAUACCGGCGCCAUCUUGUAAUCUUAAUGGUGUACUUGUUCUGACAAACAUUCCACAUCCUGAUUAUUUACGCUCUGGUGUCAUGUUCAAAAUGUAUUGUUUCUCUCUGUGUUUAUAGACAUAUUUAUUUUAUUUUUAUUUUACUUUUAUUUAACUAGGCAAGUCAG